AGUUCUCUUGACUAACCCGGAGUCACACACAACAAGGGGGAGUUACUCCACCUCAGUCGUGCAUACUUGUGCUGAAAAGAUUUGGUGAUCUCUGUUUUUCCACACUUGCAGCUUCGCUACCACAAGAAAAAAAAAACUCCUCCACCGGCAUUUCACCUAAACGCUGGAUUUGCUCUCUGAUGACCCUCCGAGCUUGGACUUGUGAAUUUACUCCGUGACAGAAAAUGCCAGUGUGAGCGUCAGCGCUUCUUGCAACAGACCGAAUCGCCCAAGUUGAGACGCCGAUCGUUGUCGCCGUGAAGCUGGCGGAGUCGUGACAGCCAGCCCCAUCUCAAGUCCAGCACAAGUUGCUUUUUGAGCUCUGGUGAAGAUUUCCGGAUCCGAGAUGCCUGAAGACGUCGGAACAGCCAAGCCUGGAGGAGUCAUAGCCUACAUCUCCUCUGGCUCUGCCUCCAGCCCGGAGUCCUGUAUGAGCAGCAGCCCCGGCAGCAGCUACAUGUCCACUUCCCCGACUCUGCCUCGCCCCUCUUUGCCCAGCCGGGCCGUAGGAAUGGUGGUGGACAUCGCACCGCCGGCCAAGCCGCGAAGCCACGGCAUGGAGAAGAGCGGGCGCUCCUCCUCAUCUGCCAAGAGCAGCAUCACCAAAAUCAACGGCAUGGUGCUGUUGUGCAAGGUGUGCGGCGACGUGGCCUCAGGGUUUCACUACGGCGUCCACGCCUGCGAGGGCUGCAAGGGCUUCUUCAGGAGAAGCAUCCAGCAGAACAUCCAAUACAAGAAGUGUCUGAAGAUGGAGAACUGCACCAUCAUGAGGAUCAACAGGAACCGCUGCCAGCAGUGCCGCUUCAGGAAGUGUCUGGCCGUCGGCAUGUCCAGAGAUGCUGUAAGAUUUGGCCGCAUCCCAAAGAGGGAAAAGCAGAGGAUGCUGCUGGAGAUGCAGAACGCCAUGAACAACAUGAUGAGCAACAACAGCCAGCUGCACAGCAUGCUGCACGGCCACCAGAGCCCACCGCUCCCGAUGGAGGCCCUGCCCAACGACGGCAGCCCCUCACCCUCGUCUUCCUCCUCCUCUGCCUCCGCGUCGCCGUCCUCCUCCAGCCCUUCCUCGCCACAGUGCCCGCAGGACUCCGAGUCUGUGGUUUCAAUGGACACAAACUCCAGCCCUGCUUCUUCCUGCGCGUCAGACAGCGGCGAGGACGAGGCUGUCGUCGCAGUGAGCAGGCAGCACCGAGACGCCUUCACGUACGGCCAGCAGAGGUCGCCGAGACAGGGCCAGGGUUCGCCCUCGCCGGUCCCCGUCGCCCUGGAGACGGGGAGCGAAAGCCGCAUGGAGGAUCAGCAGGAGAGCUGGAACUGCUGGAACAACAACGUGGUGGUGGGGGGCUUCCAGCACGGCUCCUGCAGCAGCAGCCAACUCGUCACCAACGCCGCCUACAGGGUGGAGAGGGAAGCGUACCAGCAGCCUCAGCAGCAGCUGAACAGCGCCCCUAGCUGUGAACCAUCAGAAGACAACCACAGCCUGCCACAAAGGCAGCAUGAAUACAGCACACAACCUGCCUCUAGUGGUUACAGUGGACCAACCAACUGCAUGGACAACAGAGCACACCUGGUGUGUCCCAUGAACGCCUCCCCGUACGUGGACCCCCACAAGCCCAGCCAGGAGAUCUGGGAGGAGUUCUCCAUGAGCUUCACCCCCGCCGUGCGGGAGGUGGUCGACUUCGCCAAGAGGAUCCCGGGCUUCCGCAGCCUCUCCGAGCACGACCAAGUCAGCCUGCUGAAAGCUGGAACUUUCGAGGUGCUGAUGGUCCGGUUCGCCUCUCUGUUCAACAUGGCCGAGCGGACGGUGACCUUCCUGAGCGGCAAGCGCUACAGCCUGGAGACGCUGCGGUCGCUCGGCGCCGGCGAGCUGCUCACCUCCAUGUGCGAGUUCAGCGAGAAGCUGGCGGCGCUGCGGCUCGACCAGGACGAGAUGAGCCUCUUCACCGCCGUGGUGCUCGUCUCAGCCGAUCGCUCGGGGAUCCAGGACCUGAACUCCGUGGAGGCCCUGCAGGACAAUCUGAUCCGGGCGCUGCGCAACCUGGUGAUGCAGAACCACGGCGACGAGGCAGCCACCACCUUCACCAAGCUGCUGCUCAAGCUUCCAGAGCUGCGUUCGCUCAACAACCUGCACUCGGAGGAGCUGCUCUCCUUCAAAGUGCACCCUUAAAAGCUUCCCGAGGGUACACGUCUGCCCUGGACACCCCCCCAAAACCCCCUCCUCCCUCUUUGACUUUGACAUGAACAUCACUCCCCCCCUUCCUCCAUCACAGGACCUGCCUCUGACUCCCCUCACCCUCUGCAUUCGACCAACCCAGUUGCGUGUUUUUCUUUCUAGAAUGUACUAAAAGUUAUUUUUUAUUCUAUUUUUGUUAAAUAGACCAAAAGAGGGUCUGAAGAGAGAAGAAUAUGACGACUAUGAGAAAUAUGUACUGUAUUUAUAGAAGAGAUAGACAGCUUAAGCUUGUUGCACACAGACGCACGCCGGCGCAGCAGCGUGUGUCAGAGGUUUUUAGUUUUUGCAGAGUUUAGAGGAACCUUCCUAUGUUCGAGAGCAAGACGAGUACCUGUCCGGCAUUAUGAGAUGACAUAGAGCAGAAACCAAUUAGUCACACGAUGUUUAGCUUUUUUUUCUUCCAAAAGCCAUUUAAUUCCAAAGUGUAUUCGCUCGUGAGCGGGGUGAAUGUGACAAACCGUAUAUGUAUACCAUAUAUACCGCAUGUUUAUUUGGUCCGGUGUUCUGACUGAUGCGUGUCAGCGAGACAGGCAAGCUAUUAGAAAAUGUAUCGAGAGGAAUGUGUGACGACUGCUGCUAAUGCAUGGCUAUCCUUAAGCGAACAAGUGUACCUGGAUCCUCUCCCCUCUGCCUCGGGAAAGUGUUGGUUUAAUGUUGUUUCGACUGUCGUUUGUGUGUAUAGUGUUCUGUUUUUGUCUUUUUUUUUUUUCCCUAAAUGUGUGCAAGUCCCUGUCAACUGCCUAUGCGCUGCCUCGGGGUCCCACCAGGCCGGUAAACACCUCACACAGCAACACUACAUUUGCACGCGUUUCCUCCGGAGCUGCCGCCAACCUAGUAACUCUCAAAAGCCAUGCAAACUGUGACACAUCAUGUAUAGGCUACAUGUAAAUGCAAUCACAAUUAUGUGUUUUUCUCCCCCACGCUCCCACUUUACAGAUUUUAUGACACAACUUUUUGUUUGUUUUUUUUGUUUUAAUCCAACUUCCUGGGCUUUCAGCACAGCACUGAAUCCACAGCUUCUGUUUCUCACCCUGUUUUUUUUUUUUUUUUUUGAAAUCUGUUUAUUCUACUGGCAACAUGCAAUAUGUAAAUAACUAUGUAUAUCUCUCAUGAACAUAGAAAUAUAAAUAUGUUAUAGUAUGAAUAAAUACAAGUGAAAUAUUA